UUCGAGUGGUAGUCCCGCGCGGGAGGUUAGUGGGUCUUGUGCACUCUCCCGGACGUUUAUGGAACCCCUGGGCGAGCCUCGGUGGCCUCCGGGCCUGGCAGUCAUGAAGACAAUAGAUGACUUGCUGCGAUGUGGAAUUUGCUUUGAAUAUUUCAACAUUGCAAUGAUAAUUCCUCAGUGUUCACAUAACUAUUGUUCUCUCUGUAUAAGAAAAUUUCUGUCAUAUAAAACUCAAUGUCCAACAUGCUGUGUGACAGUCACAGAGCCAGACCUGAAAAAUAACCGUUUAUUAGAUGAACUGGUAAAAAGCUUGAAACUUGCACGGAAUCAUCUGCUGCAGUUUGCUUUAGAGUCACCACCCAUAUCUCCUGCUUCAUCUUCCUCAAAAAAACUGGCUGUCAAAGUACAGAGUCCUGGAGCCCUCAGACAUUCUUUAAAGCAGGGCAGCACGUUAAUAGACAAGUUUUUGAUCAGAGAACCUGGUGGUUCUACGUCAGAGUUGUUGAUAAAAGAAAAUGACAGCAAGUUCAUCCAUCAAAAAAAGGCAACCCCUUCUACAGAAGCCAAAGAGACAUGUUUUAUGGAAAAGAUGACACCUGGCUCAUCAGAUGCCAAUAGGCCUGAAAUACCCUCUACGUCCUCUUUGAAACAAGUUGUUAAAGUAGGUUGCCCUGUUUGUGGUGUUAACAUUCCAGAAAAUCACAUUAAUAAGCACUUAGAUGGCUGUUUGUCACGUGAAGAGAAGAAGGAGAGCCUCAGAAGUUCUGUUCAAAAAAGGAAGCAGCUGCCCAAAACUGUAUAUAACUUACUAUCUGAUCGUGACUUAAAGAAAAAGCUAAAACAGCAUGGACUAUCUAUUCAAGGAAAUAAACAACAGCUCAUUAAAAGGCACCAAGAAUUUGUUCACAUGUAUAAUGCCCAGUGUGAUGCUUUGCAUCCUAAGUCAGCUGCUGAGAUAGUAGAAGAAAUCGAAAACAUGGAGAAGACCAGGAUGCGUCUUGAAGCAAGUAAACUCAAUGAAAGUGCUAUGGUUUUCACCAAGGACCAAACAGAAGAGGAAAUAGAUGAAAUUCACCGUAAAUAUCGUAAAAAGCAUCAGAAUGAGUUUCAGCUUCUGGUGGAUCAAGCCAAAAAAGGAUAUAAGAAAACUGGGGGAAUGUCAAAAGACAAAGUAAUGAAAAAAGAUGAAUCUACAGAAAAGCUGUUAUCUGUGUGCCUGGGACCUAAACAUGAUAAAAUGCAAUUCUCGCAUGUGACGUCAGCAACAGACCAUUUCCACCCAUCACAGCUGGGCUCCCCAAGGAAGUUGGCGCCUGAGCAAGCAGAUUAUUCUUCUAGCUGUCCUGAUGUUCAAGAAGCAGCUCUUCUCUCAUCAGGGUCAGAUUCAUGCAAUAGUUCCAGUUCAGACAUCAUAAGAGAUCUUCUGGCAGAAGAGGAGGCCUGGGAAGCGUCACACAAAAAUGAUCUUCAAGACAUAGAAACAAGCCCAAGAGAGAAUCGCCGCAUACGAGCAGCUGAAAGUGCAGAGACUGAGCCAAGAAAUAAGCGUAAUAGGAAUUAGGGGCCUUUUUCCAACUUUUUCAUGCCAUGAUCAGAAUAUGAUAGUUUCUUUGCUGAGUAACUGUAGAUUUCAUGUUUAUAAGAGACCAAGGAAACAUGUGGAUUCUAAAUGUUAUAGUUAACUAAUUCUCAUUCUUUCUGGAAAUUUUUUAUCUUUCUGGAAAAGGAAAACGUUACAUGUCACUGGAUCAGUUGCCUCCUGCCUCUAAAACAUUGACAUCCACUGUUCACCAGCUUUGCUGGGUGGGAAGACGUUUUGCCAAGGGAUUUGUUGUUUCUAAGUUUCAGGAUAUCCACAAGCCAUUCUCCAUUUCUUCUAUGGAGAAACCAACUUCAGAAGAGGAUUCUUUUCAGCCUCCGCAUCGUAGUAAGUAGUCAAGUUAGGAAUCUGUGUUCCUUCAUCAUUUGUGUCCCUCGGAGAGUGUGUGAACCUGAGGCCAAAUGGCUGGGCGCAUAAUAGCAGUUCAUGGUGGUGUCAUCCAAGAUCAAAGGAGUUGUUUGUUAGACUGUGUUUCACAUACUGCUUGGAGUAGGAUUCCAAUUUAAAGUCAUAAAGUUAGUGUUAUAAUUUUUUAAGUUAAAAAGUUAAUAUAAUAAAGGUAUAAAGUUAGUAUUGCAGUUCUUGAAAGUUCAAAAGUUAUUAUUACAAUUUUUUAAGGUAAAAAUAUUUAAAAUCACAAUCUCUUCAAAAUAGUAAACAUUUUCUUCUGAAGUAGCACUUAAAAAUGACUACUUUUUUAAAGGAUUUUUUUCAACUAUUUUUUAUUGAUACGUUUUAAAUAUCCUUAAUGAUAACAUUCAACAUAGGGAAUUUGUACCUCUGCAUGAUAUAUCUUGCUGCUUGU